UCAUAUAGACAGCUUGGAGAGGUUAUCAUUUGACACCAAAUAAAGAUGGUAUUCCACCGCCCUUCGUCCAUUCCCCAUCCAACUAUCUGGCACCGAUUCACUGCGAGAGGAACCAAGCUUCGAGUCCAAGAUAUGACGGAAGAGCAGGUGGAACCAGCUGUCCAGUUGCUUGUGAAAUAUUUUAUGCAGGAUGAACCGCCCUGCAAAUAUAUUGGUAUACAAAAAUAUCCAUCCACGCAGGCGCACCUGGAAAAACUUUGGCGUGAUACCAUUAAAGAUAAGCUGUCCAUCGUAUGUGUAGAAGACAAGCCAGGUAGCCCUGUUAUAGGUGUCAAUGUCUUGACGGUCGUCUCUAAGGAUGAUAAAGAGGAACCCUUUCAGACAGAUGACAAAAUAUGGGCGAAACUAUUUGGCGCAGUUGACUGUGUUUCACGCGGUGUGGAUAUCUUUACCCAUUACGGCGUUGAGGAAUAUCUUACUGCUUUUGGCCUGGUGGUGGAUCCAAAAUGGCGGGGCUGUGGGAUUGGAAAGGAGAUUUUAUUGGCACGUAAGCCCAUUUGCACAGCCCUAGGCAUAAAAGUGACAGCAACUGUAUUCACCGCGGCCGCGUCGCAAGCUGUGGCCCAAAAGGCUGGAUUCCAAGACAUUUUUACAAUCACCUAUGAAGAUUUGGCGGGAAAGGGGUUUAACUUUCCAGGCAUUGAAGAAGAUACUAAACAUUCUAAGUUAAUGGCACUUGUAAUUCUAUAAAAAUAUUUCGUGAUGGAGAUAAAAUAAUAUUGUUAACCGUAAAAAAACAGCGUCUUAAAACAUAUAGUUGAAUAUUUUUCAUAGCCAUGUUAUAUAAUUUUAAUAUAUCAUAAUUUUUAUUUAACUUGUCAUUGUUCAUUUCAUCUAGUCAAAACUAGUCAAAUGCAUAGCAUUCAGGUGCUCCUAAACAGCCCAUUUUAUCGCGAAAAUGUAUAGCUGCAAGGGGGGUUUUUUUGUAGCAUAUACGGCUAGAAUAUGCAAUACUUGGCAAUAUUUUUAGUACGACUGGGACAUAAUAAUGAUGUAGUCACAUAUAAAAAUUGUAGCCCGUGUAGGGGCCCCUUUAUAUAA